AGUGCGCCUCGCGCCUCGGACACGCCGCGCUCAGGGUACUGAUGCGGCACCCCAGCUCGGAGCUGGCGACGCUGCAGCGGCGGCUGGACGUCAUAGAAUUCUUCACGCGGCCGGAGAACGACAGCCUCAUGCGGAACAUCUGCUCCUCUCUCAGAUACAUCAGGAACGUCAACGGCAUCCUUGCAAAAAUAAAAGCGUUGUCAGCCAAACCUUACCAGUGGAAGGCGCUUUACAAUACUUUAUACCACGCGGUGCUGAUCUGCGAGGUGUGCGAGAGCGCGGAGGAGAGCGGCGGUCUGCUGCGGGACCUCGCCACCACAGACAUACAGCAUCUGUACGAGAUGGCGCUGAGCAUGAACAGGAUCAUAGACUUCGAGCUGUCCAAGACGGAGGGCAAGUUCACUGUGAAGGCGGGCGUCGACCCAGACCUCGACAUCAAGAAGCAGACGCUGGCGAGCCUGGGCGGGCUGAUGUCGGAGACGGCGAAGGUGGAGCUGGCGCGGCUGCCGGAGUGCGUGCAGGAGUGCAGCAUGCUGUACCUGCCGCACCUCGGCUACCUGCUGGGCGUGCGCGCCUGGCGCCCAGACCUCACCGCCUCGCAGAAGGAACUGCCCAACAUGAAGUUCAUGUUCCAAAACAACGACUACAUACAUUACAAGAGUAAGGGGUGCGAAGAGCUGGACGUGAUGAUAGGCGACACGUACCCGGAGAUCGUGGCGCACGAGACGCGCAUCAUGAUGCGGCUGACGGCGCUCGUGCUGCAGCACCUCCGCACCCUGGCCGCGCUCCUCGACAAGUGCGCGCACCUCGACUGGUAUCUCUCUCACUACCACCAUCAAUUGUAUUCUAUUCCUUCGCCUGAGAUUCAAACGAUCUUCUGCUUUUGAAAUCACUUUACUAAUUAAACAUUAAAAGUUGCUCUACGAUAUUAAUUCUUGUUCCCCGUCAAGUCUGAUAGCCAUGGC